GGUACUGGUUUUGCGAUCGGCUUGAACAUUUGGGGUCGUUGGUGGGCGACUCGCGUCUGCGCGCGGCAUCGCGCUUACAUAUUUGUUGAUACAUUUAUCAUUUAAUUCUUCAUAGCGACACUGCAAUGACGACUGGGGGCGCCGCGGCGGCGGGGAGCUCGGUUGCAGCAGAAGCCGAGGAGCCAUCGCUGCGCCAGCCGCUCUUGUCAGCCGCGGACGCCGAAGCGGCAGUCGAGCCACCACAAAAGCAGCAUCAACAGCAACCUCCAGAGCUUGAGAUAAAAGCGUCACAUCAUGGGGAGUCGGCGGGUGUGUUCCAGGACAUGGCGGCCCAGGCCUCCCUGGCCUGGCCGCUGGUGCUCAAUCUGCUCGCCGCCUACUCCACCUCCAUCAUCUCAUUCUCGUUCGUGGGGCACCUGGGGACGCUGGAGCUGGCGGGCGCGGCGCUGGGCAACAGCUUCGUGGGCAUCACCGCGCGCUACGUGCUGCAGGGCCUGUGCGGGGCGCUGGACACACAGGCGGCGCAGGCCUACGGCGCCGGCAACUACGCAGCGCUGGGCCCCAUCUUCCGCCGCACGCUGCUGUUCCUGUGGCUGCACUGCCUGCCCAUGACCGCCCUCAUGCUGGCGGCGCCCGCGCUGCUGCGCCUGCUGAGCAGGGACGAGCAGCUGGCGGGCAUGGCGCACAAGUACAUCCUGGCACUGAUCCCCGCGAUCUGGUUGGACGCACUGGCCAGGCCGCUGAACCGCAUCCUGGUGGCCCAGCGCAUCAGCAAGCCGCAGAUGGUGAUCUCGCUGGCCAUCGUGCCGCUGCACCUGCUCACCACCUACACCCUCAUUUUCCCGCUCAAGCUGGGCUACGUCGGAGCUGCGCUGGCGGUGGCCGCCUCCAACGGCUACCAGUGUGUGUUCACCACCGCCUACAUCCUGUGGUCGGGACUGGCGCCGCGAGUGUUCGGCGGCGAGUGGAGCCGAGUCAUGUCGGGCUGGGGCUCCAUGGCUGCUCUGGCCUACCCGGCUGCGGUGAUGCGUGUGGCCGAGAGCGCGGCAUUCAGCGCCAUGACCGUGGCGGCGGCGGCGCUGCCCGACUCCGACCGGUCCGUGGCCGCCAUCAGCGUCGCCUUCUCCACCUGCGCCGUGUUCUACAUGCCCUUCAACGCCUUCGGCAUGACCGCCUGCACACAAGUCGGCAACUUCCUGGGGGCAGGCGACGGCCGCGGCGCGCGCACCGCCGCCCUUGCCUCGGCGCUGAUGGGUCCGCUGCUGUGGGCGGCGCCGGCGGUGCUGCUGCUGGAGCCGCACUGCAGGAUGGCGGUCAUUUCGGUGUUCACCAGCUCGCAGGACCCGGUGCUGCUGGGCCUGCUGCAGCGGCUCAUGCUGCUGGUGGCCGCCGUCAACUUCUUCGACGGCUGCCAGACCAUACUCACGGGAGUCGUGGAGGGCGCGGGCAAGCAGCUUCACGGCAGCUACACCAACCUGGUUGUGUUCUACUGCCUGGCGGUGCCGCUGGCGCUGUGGCUGGGCUUCAGCCGCGGGAUGGGCGUGGUGGGCAUGUGGGCGGGCAUGUGCCUGGGCUCGGUGCUGCAGGCGAUAGCGUACGGCACCAUUGUGGUGCUCAUCAAGUGGGACCGGGAGGCGGAGCGUGUCGCGGCCCGACAAACCCGGAUGUGAGGCUGGCUGCAGCAGGUCUGCUCGGAUGGCUGCGUGCAUGCGGAGGUUGCGAUCCUGACAUACAUUUUAUGCCUUUUGUUGGGGGCUUGUACCUGCAAAGUGAGUGCGCCAUUGCGUGAGACGUUGAGGAGUAGGGAUGGAUAAUGUGGAAGCCAGCAUGGCGCCAUGGCGGGCGGACGGGGCGGGAGGCCGUGGCGGGCGUGUUCGUGCGCGAAAAGGUUGGAAGGCUGGUUGACCUGGCUCUGGACUCCCACGUUCCGACCUACCACCAUAUGCUCGUGAGCCGUGCAAACAUUUUAAUUGUAACAAGUUCUUCCG